CCUUCCCCCAAGUCCCCUCCCGUGGGUGACGUGGCCCGUGGGUGUACUAGAGCUGGCAGAAGGGAUCGGGCCCGCCCCUGCACUCAUCAGUUGUGGCGGUAGGAAGCAGAAUGACCCGGCUCCAGCCUGUUCUGCUGUGCCAUCUCCAAGCCUUGUUGCUCCGCUUCCUGCUGCCGCCGCUGGUGACUGCAGGGGCGGGUCUGACCCCUUCCUCCAAGCCCCCUUCCCCAAGAGACAGGGCUGGGAGAUUGGAGCAAGCUGGGGCCAGGUUGCUUUGCUUCCCGCUGCUAUCCGUGAGUGCGGGUCUGACUCCUGCUGCUGGGGUCAAGCCACCUGCUAAUGCCCUUCGUUGCCCUGGGCCUCCCUGCCUUGCUGCUGCCCCCGUGGCCCUGCAGCCCUUGAGCGCCGCUCCCCCCGUAGAGGGGCCGGCCCCGCAGCAGAGCAGCUACUCCCCCCACAAGUGCUCGGGCUGCAUGGGGCACCACCAUAGUUAGGAAUGGCUCUGGCCACCCACCUAAUUAGUGGAGCCACGCAGGCAUGGCUAAUUAGGUGCCUGGAUCCUGCAGAAGAAGCACAUGUAAGGUGAGACGGUGGCCUUGGGGGGAAUAGGAGAUAGGUAGGAGGAGGCAGUGGGGUGAAAAGAUGGGGUGGGGGGAAUUUGGGAUGGGCAGGGCUGCGUCAGCCUGAGAAAGAGGUGACUUUCCUCAGCUCCAGGGCUACAGCUGCCAGGGAGAAACACCCCCCAUCUCCUUCCCAACCCCAGCUCAGGUGCUGCCAUGGCAGGGGAGAGAGGGUACAUCCAUCACAUUAGAAAGGUAAGACUACUGGUAUUAAAAUAUGAGUUGUGUGCUUUUAUUUGUAGAACAAAAAAAUGUUAAUUAUUAUUAAGUUUUUUUAAUAUAGCACUUUAAUCCAAAGCACUUUCCAAUAGUUAGCUAACGGUACAAACAACAUUUGGAAAGAUCAUUAAGUGGUCCGCUGAGACCCUCAGCAAUUUUCAAGUGGUCCUUAAAAAAAAGUUUGAGAACCACUGAUUUACAGGGUUUACAGUUUUGUUUAAUGGCUUUCAGCACCCCCACUAUAAAAAAUAGUUCCAGCACCUAUGGCCUACCCCACACCUCACUGGGGUUAUAGCUACCCCCACUCCCUGCUUUCUGCCUGUGGCUCUACCUGCCCCCAUGUUCCCCCAUCUCACUGGGGUCUAUUGUUACCCACACACAUACUGGCUGCACCCUAGGGUUGCCAACUCUAUCUGAAGCUAUUCCGGGGGAAAAAUAAUUUUCCCCAACAUGAUGUAAUGUCAUUUUCUUAAAAUAUCCUAUUAAAAUCACCCGGAUUGCUUUCAGUAGUCACAAGGAGAUCAAUGCCAAUCCUGGAGGGUUGGCAAGCCUGCUGUACCCCCACAAAAGCACUCGCUGCACACAGGCUCCCCUCCGGCUCCGAGAAGGAUCCAGUCAGAGCCAUCCCUAGCUAUUCUGGGGCCCUCCACAGCCCCUCGAUGGGGGCAGGUGAGCUGGCCUCAGGCCUCCGUGCAGAGGGAACUGGCUUGGGGGACAGGGGAGAACCACCCCUCAGCACUCACCAGCGGCUGGGGCUGGGCCGCUGCACUUCCCACCACCGUGAACAUUGAAGCACACACCUAGUAGAGCUCUGUAAGGUUUCAUUUUGUUCAGCCAGUAGAAUGAGCUGGGAUGACUUAUGCUGCAAAGAAGUGUGGCAUUCGUUUUCAGCCUCCAUCCAUUAUCCUGAUCUAUGAAGAUGAAAAUAAGAAUAGAGCACGCCAGCGCAUCAUGCCUAUCCGAAACUUCUCCAAGUUCUCAGAUUGCAGCAGGGCUGCAGAACAGCUGAAGAAUAACCCUCGGCACAAGGCUUACCUACAAGGGGUCUCACUGCGGCAGCUGCAGAAAUUAUACAGUUUGCUGAAAGGCCACUUGCAGGGACAGAGUUUGGCCCAGACCUUGGAGCAGAUUCAUCAGGAAGAGACCAUUGACCCAGAGGAGGACCUGAACAAACUGGAUGACAAGGAGCUGGCUAAAAGGAAGAGUAUCAUGGAUGAGCUGUUUGAAAAGAACAGGAAGAAGAAGGAUGACCCAGAUUUCACCUACAAUGUUGAGGUUGAGUUCCCACAAGAUGAGCAGCUGGAAUCCUGUGGCUGGGAUGCAGAGUCAGACAAUGAGUUCUGAUAAUGGACAAGGCCUCCUAGAUAAUCAGUAUGGAGAGAGAAAACCCAUAUUCUCAUAACACAGGGAGCACAAUUACCGUGUCCAUCAUAUCACAUCAGUCUACAGAGCUUGACUGACAGUGUUUACAAGCCAUACAACUGAUGCAUUUUACAUUGAUAAAUAAGAGAUCAGUGCCUGUGGUGUUUUAGCUGUUUGGGGAAUAGACAAACUUUUAAAAGUCUUACGUGAAGCUUGAUAAAAAGGGACAUGGGGAUAUUGAAAAUCAUUUUUAAAUGGUUAGAUUUGUAGCUGUUAAGUAAUUGAAAUAAUUUUAAAUCUGUCUUUCAGCAUUUGUUUGUUUACAUUUCAUUCAUCUUUGGCAAGGAAACUAGACUGAUUAUUUUUGUUUCUAUUCAAUUUUAUUUUAGUCUUUAAAAUACAGCAUUAAAGUUACAAAUCUUUACAUCUAACUCAGGAGAAGAAACAUUCAGAUUCUUAUUGCAAAUAUGUAGUAUUUUGUUAUUGGUUAGGCUGUUGUGUUUUAAUCUAUACUCUGUAGACAAAUCAAUAUUGCAGUGAAAACUUUACCUUUAGAUUUCUUGAGUUGUGUUUAAAUCUACAAUCUCAGUGUUCCAUGAAUGUACGUUUUCGUAUUUAAGAAAUAAAAUAUUUAGAAAACAGA